AUGUAAAAUCAAUAACUUGGAUAAAAAUUAUCUAAUAUUAGUUCUAUGAUUUAGUAAUACUAACCAAUUCCUUCAAGUAAUUUACUCAAAUAACUUUAGAUCCAACAUAAAUCUUAUCCAUUCCUUCAUCUACACCUAAUAAAAUGUAAUAGCCUUAAGUUCUUUAAUCCUUAAUUAAUGAUUAGAAACAAUUUAAGCAGUAAAAUAUGUUUAUCAUAUUAGGGAUGUAUCAGGAUUGAUAGCAAAAUUAGAUUAAAUAUAAAACUAAAAUAGUCCUAGAAGAAAUUUGAACACAAUCUAUGGUUAAAGUUAAGUAUAGCCAUUUCAAAAUUAAACUGAUUUUCUAUUGUAACCUACACUCUCUUCUCCUUCAAGUUUCUGUGUACCUUCAACUUUGACAUAAGAUCCGAAAAAAAUUAAAGAAAAAAAUACAAAUAUCUUAAGACAAACUGAAUAACUUGAAUUCUUUAUACAAUCCAAUAAUGAAGUAAUUAAACAUCUAUUUUAAGUUAAAAAAAGCUCUCUAAUAAUCAAACAAUAAAAUUAAUGAACAAUAAAAACACUUGGACUAACUCAUUAAGCAAAACGAUGAAUAGAAAUAAUAAUUAAUUGCAAACGAAUAAAAUAAAAUAAUACAAUAAAAAUUAUAUAAUGAUUAGAUUUUAAAUAUUCAACUUACACAUUAAAAAGAAAUACAACAAAUCAAAAAUUCUGAAAAUGAAUUAAAAUUAAAAAUCGAAAGUUAAUGGCAACAAAAAUAUACAUUAAAAGCUAAUGAAUUAAAUUAAGCUACCAAACUAUUGAACAAUAAAAUUAACUAAUUAUAAUUGGAUGUAAAAGAUAAAUAAGAAUAAUUAAAUUCUCUAAUAUUUCAAACAAAAGAACUUUCAAAUUAAUUAGAAAAAAGAGUUCAAGAUUUAAAUGUAAAAGAAGAAUUAUUAUCAGAAAAGUAAUUAGAAUUAGAGCGAUUGUAAUAUGAAUUUAAUUAAGCCCUCGAAAAAUAUGAGUAUAAUAUCAAAGAAUCAAUUAAAAAUCAUAAUUAAGAUGUAAUUACUUUAGAGCAGCAUAUUGAUGAAUUAAAAUAACAUAACAUUAUUCUAAGUUAAUAAAUUAUUAAUAUUGAAUAAUAAUAUGCAAAAGAUUUAGAAACUAUCAAAAGAAAUCAUACUUAAGAAGUGAAUGAGAAAUUAGAUGAAAUAAUUUAAAAAAAUCAUAAAGAAAAAUAGUAAAUACAAAACCAUUAUGAUGAAAUUAUUAAUAAGCUAAAAUAUGAAAAAAAUUAGAUAUAAUAAAACAAAGAUCAAUAAUAAUUAUUUUUAGAAUAAAAGGUCUAAAUAUUGAAUUAAGAAUAUAAAUCAGCAGUAGAAACUGUUAAUAUUUAAUAAGAUAAAAUAUAAGUUCUUACAGAUUAAUUAUCUUAGUUAGAAAUUCAAGCUAAAAAUUUAAAUAGAGAAAAUAUCAAUCAAAUUGCUUUUCUUAAUCAAAAAUUAAAAGAAAUGUCCUCUGUCUAACCUUAAAAUUAGAAUUCUAAUUAUUUUUAUAAUGAAUUAAAAUCUUAAAAUUUAGAUCUUAGAACUCAAUUAGAAGAAAAGAAAGAAAAAUUAGAUUAAUUAAUAAAUAAUUUAAAUGAAGUAAUCGAAAUAAAUUUAACUUAUAAAACUUAACUAAGCGAGUUUUAAGAUAAGUUAUCAAAUGUUAGUUAUAAUAAUGAAAAGGAGAAUGAAGCUUACUUUAAUUAAAUUAAGUAAUAAAAAAUAACAAUAUCAGAGUUAUAGAAAAAACUUGAGGAAUAUAUAAAAAAUGAAUAGAAUUUGAAUAAUCAAAUAAAAGAACUUAGAAAUAACAUUCAGUAAUUGGGAAAUUAAAAAUAGGGUAUUAAAGGGGAUAUUUAUGAAAAAGAAAAAGAAGUAUAAACUUGUAGUUAUUUAUUAGUUAAAUAAACAUCUUAUAUAAAAAACAAAUGAAUAUAAGCAAUAAAUUGUUGAUUUAGAAAAUAUUCUAUAAGGUUUAUAAGAAGAAAUUAAAUAGAAAAAUUAAUUGAUAAAAGUUCAUGAAAAAACCAUAUAGGAAUAAAAAAUGAACAGUAAAGAGAUAAGAUAAUAAAUUAUGUCAUCAUAAAUGAGUGGAAUAGUUUUAAAUGAGAAAUAGAUUUAAGAAUAUGAGAGUCAAAUAAUGUAAUUGAAGGAUGAAACAAAUUCUUAAAAAAUAUAAAUAGAAAGUUUAUAAUCCCAAUUAAAAUAAGUUAGAAAGGAUAAAGCUCAAUUAUCUAUGACAUUAAUGAAUUCUGGAAUGUUAAAUAUUUAAUCAAGCGUAACAGAGAAAAACUGA